GAUGCAUGAAAUCCGCAAUGGAAGGAAUCCCAAGAAUAUGGCAUCUGAGACGUUUCUUUUUAAUCAUUCUCAUCAUUUCAUCGGAGAAAGUUGUUUGUGGAACUCGUCCAAAUAUAAUUGUCAUGCUUAUGGAUGAUAUGGGAUGGGGAGAUCUUGGUGUCUAUGGCAACCCAGCGAAAGAAACUCCAAACCUGGAUCAGAUGGCAGCAGAAGGCAUUCUCCUACCAGACUUCUACUCAGGGAAUCCUCUGUGCUCCCCAUCAAGAGCAGCGUUACUGACUGGAAGACUACCGAUUCGCAAUGGGUUCUACACAACCAAUGAACACGCUCGUAAUGGCUACACCCCUCAGAUCAUUGUAGGAGGCAUACAAGACGAUGAAAUAUUACUUCCAGAGCUGCUUCAGAAAGCUGGUUACAGGAACAAAAUUGUUGGGAAGUGGCAUCUUGGACAUCAGCCUCAGUUCCAUCCUUUAAAACAUGGAUUCCAUGAAUGGUUCGGAUCGCCCAACUGCCAUUUUGGACCUUACAAUGACAAGAACACUCCCAACAUCCCAGUAUAUCAAGACGCUGAGAUGGCUGGAAGGUAUUACGAAGAGUUUGCCAUUGAUAGGAAAACGGGGGAAUCUAAUCUUACACAGCUCUAUAUCCAGGAAGGAGUCAGCUUUGUAGAACAGUCUGUGGCGGCUAAGCAACCGUUCUUUCUGUACUGGACCCCUGACGCCACCCACGAACCCCUUUAUGCCUCCAAGUCUUUCCUGGGGCGUAGUCAGAGAGGAUUAUAUGGGGAUGCUGUGAUGGAGUUGGACUAUGGUGUAGGCCAAAUUCUGGACAAAGUCCAAGAGCUUGGGAUAGCUAACAGUACCUUUGUCUUGUUCACGUCUGACAAUGGUGGCGCUGUGUAUGCUCGAGAAAGCGGUGGCAUCAAUGGGCCAUUCUUGUGUGGCAAAGAGACUACCUAUGAGGGUGGUAUGAGAGAACCAACUAUAGCCUGGUGGCCGACUCACAUCAAACCAGGAGGGGUUACUCAUCAAAUUGGCAGUGUCAUGGAUAUUUUCACCACCGCUCUGAGUCUGGCUGGUAUCGAUCCUCCAAGUGAUCGCUUUAUUGAUGGGGAGGACUUGUUGCCAGCCCUGCUCAGUGGGACAUUGGAUGCCAACAAGACGAUGUUCUAUUACCGUGGAAACGAGAUGAUGGCGGUCAGGCAUGGGCUGUAUAAGGCACACUAUUGGACAUGGACCAACUCCAUACAAGAAUUUAUGAGCGGAGUGAACUUCUGCCAUGGUGAAAAUGUGACAGGGGUCAUGACCCAUGACCAGGUCAACCACACCCUCUCUCCGCUCCUCUUCCAUCUUGGACGUGACCCCGGUGAAAAGUACCUCAUCAAGGACACAACAGCAGAGUAUAAGGCAGUGAUGCCUCAGAUCAGGCAGAUAGUAGACGAUCACAAGACCAAUCUCAUCCCUGGUACACCUCAGCUUAACAUGUGUGAUAAUGCUGUCAUGAAUUGGUCCCCUCCAGGUUGUGAGAAACUGAAUAAGUGUCUAAAAGGGCCUGCAUCCAACCCACAGAAAUGUUAUUGGCCUCAUUGAUUAUUUGCCUUCCAUCCACUGGGGCCCUCUUAGAAGUGUGCUAUCUAUGGAAAUCCAACAAUGUCAUGUCAUCUAAACAUUAUACACAUUAUGAAAUAGUGUAUUUCAAUACUUGAGAACUAUACUCAGAUCUCUAUGUUUUAGAUGACACAAUUAUAGUGUUAUUGGCAUCCCGGGUUGAGAUGAAUUGUAAUUGAGCCAAAGUCUUUAUUAUAAAGGCCUUAUUUUGAUCACCACUUUGUAUUGUGAUUUGAUAGUGCAUGGUCUAUCUUGUACUAAUUUAGAUUAUGGGUAUUACAAAAUACUGCAUAAUGCAGAGUACACUUUGUUUUUUAAAGGUCAAAGGCCUUGGAUAUCCUGAAGUAUAGCAUUGGUGCAUCAUGGUAUUGUCAUUACAUUUAAUUAUUAUGGAAAUUGAGCAUUAAAUGGUCAUUUGGUCUGAAAUUAUUAUUGCAAUCAAGACUUCAAACAGUAUGUUGUUAAAGAGCAGAUACCUGGAAUAUUACCUUGUUAUUGGGAAAACAUUUGUAAGAUUGUUUUCUUUAUAUCAGGGUUGUAACUUGUAUUACGUGUAUCAUGUUACUUCAAGGAAGUACUAUGAAAUGCGCUUUAACUAUGGGCUUGAGAAGAGAUGAAAUUGCAAUUGAAAUUUUGGAAUAUUGAAAAAGAAUUGAAAAAAUGAUAUUUGAUUGUAGCUUUUAAUUUGAAAAAAAAUCAAACUUUCUUUGGAUUUUACUCAGGAAAAUGUAAAUAAUGAGAAAAAAGCUAUAAUUGCUGCAAGUUGAUGGUCCUAUUUAACUUGCAAUAUCACCUGAUUUCGCACAAAUGAUCACCAGGACUCCGUAACAUGAAGGUUUGCAAUCGAUCGCUAAAUACCAAUGACCAAUCAAGAUCAUAUACUGACCGGGAACCAAUCAGUGCGGUUCUUUCAUAUUUGCAAUUCAUCGUAAACCUUUGUGUUACAGAACCCUGGUCUGCUGUUGUUCAACAUUCAAUUGGUAAUUCAAUAACAGAUAGAGUGGAGGUUCUAACUAGUAUUAUAUUCUGAGUGGUGUAUUGCCUCAGCAUACUCCAAAAUGCAAUAUAAGGACUGAAUGAUAAUAGACAGACAAGGAGUGUCAGUGUGAGGUCGAGGUGCCUAUGAAUUUGAUAGAAGAUUGAUAAUUCGGUAAAAAGAGGGUCUUUGCAUUCAAAGAGGUUACAUGUAUUUGCUUUACUGUACAUUCCUGAAAAUGUCUCUUAUGUUUAAAUCUAAUAGAAUACUUGCUUAUGCAGAGUGCAUUAAUAGGCUUGAUUUAACUAAUUUUCAAAAGUUUGACAUUUGAUAAAGGCCCUGCAAUACUGUGACCUUAAUAUCUUAUCAUAUAAUUGUCGCUCCAAUAAAUAUUGAAGUUUAUUGAUCCGAUACUUUUUUUUUCUGAGACGGACACACAGUCUGGGGACAAUCCCUGAAUAAUCAAGGCAAUAGGCAUUUUCCUAGAAUGAUCAUUUUUUGAUAAUAAUCAAUACAAUGAUUAAAUGAGUCAUGAUGUCACAUUCAUUUAUUAUUAAGAAAAUGGUCAUUUAAUAUUGUUGCCUCAAGGAAAAUUAUCAGAUGAUGAAAUUGAAUGAUGUACAGGUCAUUUGCAUGCUAUUUGGGCCAAAUAAUUAACGAUUUGUAGUAAUCCAGAUGGCGACUCAAGCACAGUUUAUUAUUUUAGUCACGAAAUAAACAAGCAAACAUUCAUUACUUGUAUAUUAUUCAAUUUUAAAUAUAUGAUUCUAUAUAUUUCUAUGUAAUUUGAAAUAUUAGAUGUUAUAUACAUAUUAUUUGUGUUACUGUUCAUUCUUGUGAUUUCACUUCGUAAGAGGCUCUUCACUUCUAAUUACUUAAAAGGACAAUAAAUAUUGGAAGAAUUGUAUAUACAUAUAUGUACUUAUUUUUCUACAAUGCCAUUUUCAUAUUGGAAUUUAUAGAAUUGAUAGUUGAAUAUAGGAUUUUAUAGAGAAUAUUAUGUAAAACUAUAUAGCAGGAAAUGUUUUCAGCAAUUUGAAUGAAUGUUGACAUGGCAACUAAUUAUUCUGAGGGGGUGGGGGUUGCGUGCCCACCCCAAGAUCUGUGUCUGAAACAAUUUACAAAUUGACUAGUUGUAACAUGUAUUACUUUAUAACAGUCAUUUAUAAAUUUUGUUUGUAUAAUCACCGAGUGACUCGUACAUUUAAUUCCGAAAGUGCUCCUUUUCAAAAUAUAUAAUAAAAUGAAAACAAAAAUCUUAAAAUUGUUGUUUGCAGUUAUUUUGGAUGACUUUCAGCGGAGAGUAAGGAGAAGUGGGGGAGAAAUGAAUAUGGAUAGUGAUAAAGAGAGAGAGGGAGAGCUUGAGGUAUAGAAAAGGGAAACUUGUGAAGCUGAGGGUGGAAUAAACAAACCAAAAUCACAAUUGACUAACUUGAGGUUAAAAACAAAUUGAGGCCUAUAAUUAUGAGAAAAAAAUUGUCUUUGUGGGAAGAGCCCCGAUUGGUCAAGCCCUUGAAGAGGGCUCGGGUCAUACUCAUUCCUGAUUGUUUACAAUCAUUUAUAUGCUUUUUAUUUGUUUAUUUACUUUUAUGAAAUGGGGGCCCUGGAAAGCAUGCUUGGUAACCAUGGUAAUUAUAAAAUGUGAAGUUAGCACAUCAUGCAUUCAUGAUUGGUUACUUUUUCAAACACAUGCCUUCAUCCUUUGAUAUAGUUCCAGUAAUAUGUAACCAAAGUCAAUUCGAUAGAUGAACUACAUGUAUAGAGUGUGAAAUAAAUCAAUAUAGACCAAUCGUCCAACUCAUUGAUUUGAAAUUUAAUAACCUUGCAGAUAUAUCUCUUCCAAUUUCAAUUGAAAACAGACAAUAACAAUAAUUACAUACACAUGAACAGGAUUUUAAGACUCAUGUAUGACAUAUUGCUAUACAAAACAACUUCAAAGAACUUUGAUAUUGUCAUAAUUUGGAUCAAAACUUCAUAGAGUAUAAAUAAAUCAAUAUAUCAGCGCACUUAUUUUUCUUUUUCCAAAUUUCAGGGAAUUGAAGAGUUAUGUAAUGCUAUAUCAUCAUUAUUUUUAUCUUCAUAAUUUGUAAGUACAUACAAACAAAUAAAUGAUGUCUUAAAAAAAAAAUUCAAGAACCCAUGCAUUACAAAUGACACUUUGCAAGAAAGAAUGUUUGAAACAGUUAACAAAAUUUGUUUUCAGUGAAUGACCAAAAUCUAUGUUGGAGCUGAAAAGAAAGGUAACCUCAUCUUUCAUUUAAUAUCAAUUAUAAUCUCUAAGUAGUGCAAAAUGACAUAUAAAUAAAUCUCACCUGCUAAAAUCUUAAACAUAUAUGCUUUACUCUUCAACAUGUGGACAUGGUCGGAAAAUAUCACAAGUACUUUGGACACAAUGAGGUAUACUAUUCACAAUUAUUAUCUAUAUAGCUGGUUUUAUCGGUACACUAAAAAUGCAUAUUUUGGUAUGCAUGGUCUAAAGAAUGGCCAUUAUAAAAGUAAUCAUAUUUGAUAGCUUUUCUUCACAGGCAUCUGUCGGUACACAAUAAUACUAGUGAUAUACAUCACAGAUUCCAAGGCUAGCACUAUCUGCAUAUCAAUAUUUUCAAAUGUUAUUACAUCACUGUUGGAAUCUGGUAUAAAACGAUCACUGAUAUUUCAAAACCUUGUCUUCAGUUUUGGUAAAGGGUCAGUCAUGUAAACUAUCAUCAAACAUUACAAUAUUACAUCUAGGCAAAGUAGUCAUUGAAUGCAUUAUUUACCAAUCAGAAUGUAAAUAUGGUAUUUUGUUGUCUGUUGGGAUUUUAUAUUCAAAUCUAGUGCCCUCUCUCAAUAAUUUUUUAAAAUUUUUAUUCAAAAUAGCUGUUUGAGCACCUACUUUACACAUCUAGUAAUUGGAUGUUAGAAAGCUAAUAAUACAGAUUGUGUCCUGAAAUUUUCAGCCAAUUCCACGCUUGAGAAGGUGUUUUCUAUAAACAAGACCAAAAUAUGUUGAUAUUCUAUUUUGCUUCGGAACCUGAUCGAAUUAAAAUCUGAUGUUAAACCUGUGAAUUUAUCCAAUAAAAGACAUUCUUAUGGGGUUUUGCAAGAAAAUAUUUACAAUCAAUUGCAAAUAUUCUGUUGCAAUUUUACGAUUGAUUGAUCACUUUUAACUAUAGCAUAUCAGAUUACACUCCUUGUUUCACCUAGCAAGCAGAUUAGCAGUCAAUCAUAAGUCUUGCAAUUAAUUGCAACACUUAUGAUUGACUUUGGGAAUGAAAAUAGACUUGCAAUUAAUUGCAAGGUUCUUGCAACAUCCCAUUAGUGUAUAUCCUACGCAUCACAACUGUUAUGGGCACACACAUUGAUGAAAUAUAGUAAUAACAUGGAAUAGUGACAUCUGUGCCCCGUGUUACAAAGAGUUACGAUUGAUCCAAUCAAUUGUAACUCCAUAAUAAUUUUUCCUACUGGAAAUUUGCAAAAUGUCCU